AGGGUUUUCUCUAAUCUAACAGACAAACGACGACACGUUUUUUCUCUGUUUUCUUUCUGUUUUCUGAUUUUUUUUCCAGCUCUUCUCAAACCAGUAACGCAAGUUUUUUCUAAGAUCACCAAAACGUAAACAAUCCCCCCUCCCGCCGCCGCCGCCAAGGGUUUUUGCUUCACUCGCCGGUAUCUUCCUCUGGCGGCGGCCUAUAAACCUUCAUUCCCCACUUUUCCUCUCCCAAAAUCAGUCGACACCCCGAGAAGGAAAAACUGAUUUCAAAAUGUUGGCGGCAUUGCAUUUCUCCGGCGCUAGAGUUUCCCGCCCUAUUAGUAAUCUCCCCGAGGGUGCGGCGGGUCUCUGCUAUUCCAGCCGGUUCCGUUUCUCUGAUUCCGUCGUGAUCACUUCUGGGUUCUGCGAAAGUUCCAAACUUUCGUGUUCUUCUUCCCGUAGGGUUUUGCCGAGAAUCGCUUGCGAUGGGGGACGAGCAGUAGAAGUUCUGGAGAAGAGUGGUGGCGUUGGUAACGAUGAAGGGGACGAAGCGGAGAAGCAGUUCUCUUGCGUCAUGAAAUUCGGCGGCUCGUCAGUGGCCUCUGCCGAGAGGAUGAGGGAGGUCGCUCAGCUGAUAAGGAGUUUCCCGGAAGAGAAUCCCAUUGUUGUAUUAUCGGCAAUGGGAAAGACCACAAAUAAACUUCUGCUGGCUGGAGAAAAAGCAGUAAGCUGUGGUGUUACUAACGCAGAACUUAUUGAUGAACUUGGGUUCAUUAGGGAUUUGCAUUUUCGAACUCUGGAGGAGCUGGGAUUGGAGAAGUCGAUUGUUGCAAAGCACUUGGAAGAACUAGAGCAACUCUUGAAGGGGAUUGCUAUGAUGAAAGAGUUGACUCCACGAACGAGAGACUACCUAGUUUCCUUUGGAGAGUGUAUGUCUACAAGGAUUUUUGCUGCAUAUUUAAAUAAACUUGGUACAAAAGCACGUCAGUAUGAUGCAUUCGAUAUUGGAUUUAUCACUACGGAUGACUUCACGAAUUCUGACAUCCUCGAAGCAACUUAUCCUGCUGUUGCUAAGAGGUUACAUGGAGAUUGGAUUAGUGAUCCGGCAAUACCAAUAGUCACAGGCUUCCUCGGAAAGGGCUGGAAGACUUGUGCCAUAACAACUCUGGGUAGAGGAGGCAGUGAUUUAACAGCCACAACCAUUGGAAAAGCUUUAGGUUUGCGGGAAAUUCAGGUAUGGAAGGAUGUGGAUGGUGUCUUGACAUGUGACCCUAACAUAUAUUCUAAGGCAGAACCUGUUCCAUAUCUGACGUUCGAUGAAGCAGCAGAACUUGCUUAUUUUGGCGCCCAGGUUCUGCACCCACAAUCCAUGAGACCGGCCAGGGAAGGUGAUAUUCCAGUUCGGGUUAAGAAUUCUUAUAACCCAAACGCCCCUGGAACACUGAUUACAAAGUCAAGAGACAUGAGUAAGGUCAUUCAGGCUGUGUUAACAAGCAUUGUCUUAAAACGGAAUGUUACGAUGUUGGAUAUCGUAAGCACUCGCAUGCUUGGUCAAUUCGGUUUCCUGGCCAAGGUGUUUUCUAUCUUUGAAGAUUUAGGAAUAUCAGUGGAUGUUGUAGCUACUAGUGAAGUUAGUAUUUCAUUGACACUUGAUCCAUCGAAGCUAUGGAGUAGGGAACUGAUUCAGCAGGCAAGCUUACCCAAUGAACUCGAUCAUGUCGUUGAAGAGUUGGAAAAAAUAGCCAUCGUCAACCUUCUUCAAAACAGAUCGAUAAUAUCCCUGAUUGGAAAUGUGCAGAGGUCCUCUUUGAUUCUAGAGAAGGUGUUCCGCGUUCUUAGAACCAAUGGUGUUAAUGUUCAGAUGAUCUCCCAGGGUGCAUCUAAGGUGAACAUCUCGUUGAUAGUGAACGACAGCGAAUCAGAGCAAUGCGUGAGAGCCCUCCACGAGGCCUUUUUCGAUGCCAACAUCGUGGAGCUAGAUUUGGAACAUGGCUCUAAUAAUGGCAAUGGUGCCGCAUCUAAAUGAAUGAGCUUCUUUCUUGUAACGAUUUUCCCCGGCCAUUAUGGCCCCCUCAUAUGUAUCCUUGAGAAAUGUAAUGCUGAGAGAGAUGCAGGAGCCAAGUAGAUAGGGGGCUUCCCCGCCAAUUCACCUUUCAUGAAUUUUGUUUGUAUUGAGAUUUCGUUAUAAAUUGCAAUAUUUCCUCUUGCAACAAGUAAUCUGAUAUUUUUACUGUUCUGCUUCUGGAUAGGCUUUUGCUUGUUGAGAAUGUAAAUGGUGCAUUGGCGCAGCGUUCAGAUUAGUC